AUGAGCAGCCUUUUCCGCCUUGUGCCGCGGCGUCUUAUCUCCGGCCGCACGCUUGUUCUUUCUCGGCGCCUGCUUCUUUUGCCGCUUAACUCCGGCCGCCGCUUGCCCCGGCCCACCGCCAUUUUUGUUCGUUCCGCCGUAUCCACAUCGGGCGAACACGUCGAGCAGCUCAUCGAUCCGCUCUCGGACAACGAGUACAGCCGGGCGGCCAACACGUACUUGGAAAGUCUUAGCGACGAGUUGGAGGAGCUCGCCGAGACCUUCCCGCAGCUUGAUGUCGAGCUUUCUCUGGGGGUCAUGACCUUGUCUGUUGGCGACCUCACGUAUGUGAUCAACAAGCAGCCGCCCAACAAGCAGAUCUGGCUCAGCAGUCCGAUCAGCGGGCCCAAGCGUUUUGACAUGAUUGGCGGCCGCUGGGUCACGCUACGGGACGGCUCAGCUUUGACGGAUUUGCUUCGCGAGGAGUUGCUGGCGCAGCUUGGCGACGACGUGGAGUUGCCUUUGGAGGCGUAG